CUGGUGGGUGGGUGGAGGCUCGCUGGUGGGUGGGUGGAGGCGUGUCAUUGUGGGUGGAGGUGAGGCUCGCUGUUGUGGUUUGGAGCCUGUCGUCUUGUGGGUGUGCGAGCCCUCGACCUCUCACCGUUCGAGAUCACUGCUUGCUUGCCCGUCACCACAGCUGCUGCUGCUCCUGCUGCUGCUCCUCCUGCUACCACGACAACGAGAGAAGAAGCAGGAGAGGGAGUUGAGUGGGAAGGUGAAGUUCCAUCAUCGGCUGAGAAACCAUGCCGCAACUGGGCAUCACCGCGCGUCUCCAGCGCGAGCUGCAGAGGGCUGACGGCGUCGGGGCGACUUGCGACAGGGCGAGCCAGUACCUGGGCCAGGACUACGAGCGACUGCGCCAAAGAUGCCUGGAGAGCGGAAGCCUCUUCGAAGACGACCGCUUCCCCGCCGCUGCGUCCACGCUGGGCUUCAAGGAGCUGGGGCCCGGUUCGUCCAAGACCAGAGGAUUGCAGUGGUGCAGACCGCCGGAUAUCUGCAGCAACCCGCAGUUUGUGGUUGGCGGUGCAUUACGCACAGAUAUCUGCCAGGGAGCUCUGGGCGAUUGCUGGCUGCUCGCUGCCAUCGCCUCGCUCACGCUCAGCGAGAAGCUCAUGGCGCGCGUGGUCCCCGUGGGCCAAACCUUCGAGGAUGGCUACGCCGGCAUCUUCCACUUCCAGUUCUGGCAGUUCGGGGAGUGGGUGGAUGUGGUCAUCGACGACCGCCUGCCCGUGAAGGCCGGGGAGCUCGUGUUCGUCCACUCGGCCGAAGGCAACGAGUUCUGGAGCGCCCUGCUUGAGAAGGCCUACGCCAAGCUGCAGGGCUCCUACGAGGCCCUGUCUGGGGGCAGCACCACGGAGGGGUUUGAGGACUUCACGGGGGGUGUGGCGGAGAGCAUCGAGCUCAACAAACCCCCGAGCAACCUCUGGAGGAUGCUGCAGCAGGCGACGCUGCGCGGCUCGCUCAUGGGCUGCUCCAUCAACAUCACGAGCCAGGCGGACUCGGAGGCGAUCACCUCCCGCAAGCUCGUCAAGGGGCAUGCGUACUCCCUGACCGGCACGACGGAGGUCGACUACCAGGGCCAGAUGGUGCGGUUGGUGCGAAUUCGCAACCCCUGGGGCCAGGUGGAGUGGACCGGAGCCUGGAGCGACAACGCGCCCCAGUGGGGUUACGUGAGCGACGAGGACAGGGGCCGCCUGCAGGUCAGCCAGGAGGACGGAGAGUUCUGGAUGUCCUUCGAGGACUUCCUGCGCCAGUUCUCGCGUCUGGAGAUCUGUAACCUGACUCCGGACGCGCUGGACGACGACUCGCUGGGCCACUGGAGCGCCAACAACUUCGAGGGCAGCUGGGUGCGUGGGUGCAGCGCCGGUGGCUGCCGCAACUUCAUUGACACCUUCUGGACGAACCCGCAGUUCCGCGUGCGUUUGGACGAGGAGGACGACGACCCCCACGAUAACGAGGCCGGCUGCACGUUCAUCGUGGCGCUCAUGCAGAAGGAGCGGCGCAAGAAGCGGCGCCAGGGUGGCGACGUGCUCACCGUGGGCUACGCCAUCUACGAGGUCCCAGAGCAGUUCGUGGGCCAGCCGCAGGUGAAGCUGAAGAAGGAUUACUUCCAGUACCACUCGUCCAAGGCUCGCUCCGAGGUGUUCAUCAACCUGCGCGAGGUGUCGCAGCGCUUCACCCUGCCGGCGGGCGAGUACAUUGUCGUGCCCUCCACCUUCGAGCCCAACCAGGAGGCCGACUUCAUUCUGCGCAUCUUCUCCGAGAAGCAGAGCGUCACCGUGCCGAUGGACAAUGAAGUGGACAUCACAAUCCCCCCAAGCAUGCCCGAUGAUGAGCCCAUUGAUCCAGGCUUCUACAAGCUGUUCGACCGGCUGGCAGGGGAGGACCAGGAGAUCAGCGCCAAGGAGCUGCAGAGCAUCCUCAACCGUGUCGUGUCCAAGCAUGCCAACCUGAAGACGGAUGGCUUUGGGCUGGAAGCGUGCCGCAGCAUGGUCUCACUUAUGGACAAAGACGGCACUGCUAAGCUUGGCGUGAAGGAGUUCAACUUCCUGUGGAAGAAGAUCAAGAAUUGGCAGCAAAUCUUCCUCGAGUACGACACAGACAGCACGGGAACCAUGAACUCCAUGGAGAUGCGAUUGGCGCUCGAAGCAGCAGGAUUCCGCCUGAACGAGAAGCUGAACCAGAUCGUCACGACCCGCUACGCGGACGGCGAGAACGGCAUCACCAUCGACUUUGACAACUACGUGUGCUGCCUCGUCCGCCUGGAGACCAUGUUCCGUACAUUCCAAGCCUUGGAGAAGGAUGGUAACGAGAAGAUCAAUCUGAACCUCCCGCAGUUCCUGCACGUGACCAUGUUCGCUUGAGAAGACAAAGGAUCGCAGAGAUGGGGGGGCGGGGGGGGGGGGUGCGGCGGUGUCCGGUGGAGUGUCAUCACUCAAAAGCUCAAGCAAGAAUCUCUCCUCAAAGAAAAUAUAGAAAUAUAAACGUGUAUUUUUUAAGUCAAGCAACAAAUUAAUGUUGUCAAAAAAAUAUAUAUCCUCUCAGCUAUCAUGAAGGCCCAGUGGUAGAUCCUAUAACAUCUCCAUGUGUGCACUCUGUAUAACUCGCUAUGGACAGUUCCAUUUCCUCUCGGGGUGUUCUUGUUAUUUCUUUAGCGAGCUUCUGACUUCCGAUCGUGUCGAACGCCAUUUCUUUUCUCGCUGAUCCGUGACCGCACAGACGGUUGGGGUCUCUUAAUCGUUUGUCGCGUCACUGAAAACGUCUCCAAACUACGGUCCAGGAGAGAAAAUGGCCGGUAGAUUUUUUUGACACCUUUAGUCUCAUCGGGUCCCUACUGACAGCUUUUUUGUGUUUAGUUUGUUGUCCUUCCCCCACACCUCUGAUGAGCGCGGUUGGCUACGUACGGUGGGAAAAAGGUUCAACAUGCAUACAAAUGCAGGUCUAUUCGGGUCAAAAGCGUCUCUCGCCAUUCAGGCACACGUUUGGGUGGUGCUCAUCUCUGUUCGGCGGCCUUCAGCCAUUGGUGAGGACGGCCUCAACAGGAUCACCGCUAUACACGGAAAUAAUGGAAGCUUGGUGGUGCUGCCCUUGUUUGUCUCACGUUGGUUUUUGGAGCAAUCGUUCAGUACCAACGAGACGGAUGAUUCAAAUGAGUUGGUGCAAACAAGAUGAAUGAUAAAAAAAAUGAGAUAGAAUAUAAACGAUAAACUACAAAUUAUAAAAAAAUGACACAAACAUCACUUUGAUGAGAUUGGCCAUUUUAUUUGGCAAUGGCUUACGAGAAUCCGACAGAAAUUUAUCACCAAACUUUUGCAUACGCUCACGCACGUCUGACAGAAAAUGCAGAUGCUAGCCGGCACGUUGAAACGUUUUACGUUAGCCUAACAGGAAAUUACGGUGAUUGCGACGACGGUGUUUUACUUCCACCCUCGGGUCGGCGGAGACGACUGCCCGUUGGAGUUGAUCGCGCGAAGGCUGUGUUCAACGUGCUUGGGUUCGAUCAUGGGCGGGUGCCAUGCCGUUGCCUCAGUCACAGCCCCUUGUAGUCGUAGUCCAUGGGCCCCGAACCUGUUAUUCCACUUGUCUCGCACCACCUGAGAGGUGGCAUAAACUUUUUGCGGCGCCGAUUUAUCUCUGUCACCAUUAACAGCGGAUUACACGGUAACCAUCAGAAAUGAGUGGCUUAUCCAGUAAGUUUACUCGUACUGGCCGUGUGAGUAAAUUGGGACGAUAUAUUUUUUGCUACCUUAGGUGGGUACCAAUAUCUGCUCUGGCUCACGGACUGUUCACGCCGCCAGGGACUCGUCACUCCUUGCCGUGCCUUCUGCCGAUCCUUCUGCCGAUCCACCCUCAAAAGUCCCCUGCCCUUCAAGAGUCUCCUGCCUUUCAAAAGUCCCCUGCUCUUCACUGCCCUCCAGUGCCCCGCCGCGCUGCUCACUUCUCCGCGUCUCGUCUUGCCGAGGCCGAAAAUUAUGAUUUGGUAGAUUGCAACAUUUGUGAGCAAACGAUAUCUAGUUUUUUAUGUUGUUGUUGGUCUUUUUGAUUUUUGAUACCUCCUUGGGAACGUCGCUUCGAGUGAAUUUGUUUUCGGUCGCGCAUUGGACAAAGGCGAUCAUUUGGCAAAUCCUUAACAUUGGGAGGUGAAUCCGUGAUUGAUGAGCAAUCCGGAGUUGGUGUGGUCGUACAUGUGUGUGCAAGGAAUAAGCUGUAUUGGAGGUUUACUUAAACAUUUUCACGCAUGAUGGGGACUAUAUUACAUUAAAUACGUUUACUUUCUCGUACGGGAAAUUACAAGUUAAUACAUAUAAAAAAAACAAUGUACGUCUUAUUCACAGGUUACCUGCUUUUCACCCGUGCCACCCAUUGGAGGUGUAACGACGCAUCAGUCGGCAUCGAUUGUUAAUCUCGCGAAGAUUCCAUCGAAUCGCGUUUGCAAGAACCGACGUCUGACCCCUGCAGCCACUAGAGAGCGCUACAUUUACGGAAAUGUUAAUAACAUCCGCAAAUGGAUAUUUUUAAAAGCUCUGUUCUUGAAUGGAAUCGCGACUCCGUAUCGCGGUAAUUCUUUUAAAAUCGUCAGCAAAUUGUUACACCUCUAGGGGCGAUGCGGUGGACAAGGCUGCCUGGCCCGCGCCAAGCUUUCUGGAGCCAUCGCUGAGUGCACGGCGACGCGUAGACAUUUGUGAAUGCUGCUGCGCAUGGCCAGACGGAUUGACACGUCACCGCAAAAUAAACUGAUGUCACGCACCAAAUGAUUAA